UCGUAAUUUUACUUUGCUGCAGCAACGAGCCGGUGAGCGGAUCUCUCUCAAGUUGAAAACAAAAAACACGUUCUUAACACCAAGUCUUGUUUAAGUGUGUGAAAUUACAACUAUGCUGUUGUCUGGUGAAGUCAGCCCUUACAUACAAGUAGGCGAGAUGAAAUUAUCUUUAGAAUUAGGUGAACCUUGUGCUCGUUCCAAAGAAGUGGCCCAACGGGAAUUAAGAGAGACUCCAGAAAAUCGUGAAAAGGGUCUACAAGAAAUUAAAAAACUAUUAGAUGCUGACACUGAUUUAAAAUAUCCCCGAGAAGAUCGCUUCCUUUUACGCUUUUUAAGAGUUUGUAAAUAUUAUCCGGAAAGUGCCGCUGAAUUGGUGAAACACUAUUUUUCCUUUAAAGUCAAACAUGCUAAUAUAUUCCAGGAUCUUGUGCCGAGUAGAGAAGAAAAUACUUUUAAACAUAACGUAUGUGUAGCCUUUAAAAAUCGCGAUCAGCAUAAUCGUCGUAUAGUAGUCUUGCGUUUGGGCAAAAAUUGGAAACAUAAAGAGGUGGCUUUGGAUGAGAUUUUCAAGGCUGCUGUUUUAUACGUUGAGGUGGCUGUGGCAGAAGAAGAAUCUCAAAUUAACGGCGCAGUCGUUAUAUUUGAUAUGGACGGUUUAAGUUUGCAACAAACUUGGCAAUUUACACCAGCUUUUGCUAAACGUCUUAUCGAUUGGCUUCAGGAUUCUAUACCAUUACGAGUUAAAGCUAUACAUAUUGUUAACCAACCGAAAAUCUUUAAUGUUGUCUUUUCGCUAUUCAAACCAUUUUUGCGCGAAAAAUUAAGUUCACGUAUAAUAUUCCAUGGUACAGAUCGUGAAUCACUCCACAAUUACAUGUUGCCAGAAUGCCUACCACCUGAAUACGGUGGAACGAAUACAGAAUCCUUGGUCGAUGCUUACAACUGGUAUAAAUUAAUGCUGACAUUGGAAAAUGAGUACAAAACGAUUAAUUCGUACGGUUACAAGAAGUAAAAGUUUCCAUCACAAAUUUUGACGAAUUAUACUCUUGCCUUUUGUUUUUUUUUUUGCUUUAUUUAAGGGAUAAUGUUUGUAAAUUUUUACAUCUUAUUUUUAUCAUCUUCAAGGAAAUUCAAUACUUACUCAAGUAAUAUUUUCAAAGAUAUGCAAUAUU